UCAGAACUUUUUCAAUGCGCGCCUCAGAGCACACGGAGAUGGAAACGGCUUGAGGCACCGCUCAGAUCCCGCACAAAGCAGUGUUAUUAGACCCCUCUUUUUUUUCCCUCGUUGCGUGUGUGUGCGUGUGCGUGCGUGUGAGUGCGUGUGCGUGCGUGCGUGUGCGUGCGUGUGUUGUUGUUGUUUUAAAGUGAGCAGAGAGGAACCGUGAUACAUUUCUUUUUUCUUUUUUUCUUCUUUUUUUUCUUUUUUUUUUCCUCUCUUUCUGCGGAGGUGGGGGGAGAGACGCGGAGCUCUCCGGCUUGCGUAUUUUGGACUCGGGUCUCCUUCGCUGGAUCAGUGGUGAGGCAGCCGAGAGGAGCAGACAUGCAGGCGCGCUACUCCGUUUCCAGCCCCAACUCGCUGGUGCCGUACAUUAGCAGCGACCCGGGCUACUACCGGGCCGCGGCCGGCGGGGGGUACACCGGGAUGCCCGCGCCCAUGAACAUGUACCCCCACGCGGCCCACGACCAGUACCCGGCGAGCAUGGCGCGCGCCUACGGACCGUACACCCCGCAGCCGCAGCCCAAGGAUAUGGUCAAACCGCCCUACAGCUACAUAGCGCUCAUCACCAUGGCGAUCCAGAACUCCCCCGACAAGAAGGUGACCCUGAACGGAAUUUACCAGUUUAUCAUGGAGAGGUUCCCCUUCUACCGGGACAACAAGCAGGGCUGGCAGAACAGCAUCCGGCACAACCUCUCGCUCAACGAGUGCUUCGUCAAGGUGCCCCGCGACGACAAGAAGCCCGGCAAGGGCAGCUACUGGACCCUGGACCCCGACUCGUACAACAUGUUCGAGAACGGCAGCUUCCUGCGGAGGAGGCGGCGGUUCAAGAAGAAGGACGCGCUGAAAGAGAAGGAGGACCGCCUGCAGAAGGAGGUGGCGCCGUCGCGGCAGCAGGGCCGGGAGCAGGAGCAGCCGGCGCAGGCCGGCUCCCAGCCGGUGCGGAUCCAGGAUAUUAAGACGGAGAACGGCAACGUGACACCGCCGCAGGCCGACUCGCCCGCCCUGAGCACCGUGCCCAAAAUAGAGAGCCCCGACAGCAGCAGCAGCAUGUCCAGCGGCAGCCCCCACAGCAUCCCCUCCAACCGGUCCGUCGGCAUGGACGGCGCCGAGCAGCACCACCACCAACACCACGGCCAGGCGUCCAACCAGGGCUUCAGCGUGGACAAUAUCAUGACCUCGCUGCGGGGCUCCCCGCAAGCGGUCACCGAGCUCGCCCCGAGCCUGGUCGCCUCCAGCAGGGCGGGGAUAACCCCGUCCUUGUCCUUGAACUAUUCUCCCAACCAGGCGUCGGUGUACAGCUCGCCGUGCAGCCAGAACAAUAUCUCCACUACCUCCAACGCCACGUAUCAUUGCAACAUGCAAGCCAUGAGUCUGUACGCCGGGGACAGGUCCGGCCACCUCCCCCCGAGCACCAGCGUGGACGAGACGCUGCCCGACUACUCGAUCACCACCACCUCAUCCUCUCUGAGCCACGGCAACCUCAACUCGGGCCAGGAGAGCCACCACCCCCACCAGGGGCGGCUUACCUCAUGGUACCUCAACCAGGCCGGAGACCUGGGCCACCUGGGCGCCGCGUACCCGGCGCAGCAGCAGAACUUUCACUCCGUGCGCGAGAUGUUCGAGUCUCAGAGGAUCGGCUUGAACAACUCGCCGGUGAACGGGAAUAACAGCUGUCAGAUGUCCUUCCCGCCGAGCCAGCCCAUCUACCGCACGUCGGGGGCUUUCGUGUACGACUGCAGCAAGUUCUGACCCAGCGGGGCCCGGCUAAGGAGACACGCGGGCGCGGCGUCCCCGCGCGCGCGCGCGCCCCCAACCCAACCCCAACCCCAACCCACCCAACCCUCCCUCUCUCUCUAUGCGUCGGUCCGGGCGCGGGGUUGUUCCGCCUCGGCCGCCCCCGCGGGACCCGCACGGACCCGGCGGUCCGACGCGGUUGGCUCGGACAGACCACGCGGAAAGAAAGACUUUGCUCUCGGUGGACGAUAAACGAAAGAAAGAAAGAAAGAAAGAAAAAAAAAGAAAAAAGCGAAAAAAAAAAGUGUUACUCGGAAUGACACGUAAGUCUCCGCCGCUCUUUUACAUGACACCCCGUAGGGAGGAAGAAGCGUCGCUUUUCCGUGGGCAUAAUAUGACGUGUAAAUUGCAUAUAGUAAUUUAUUUCUAAAUUGUAUCUGGAUAUUAUGGACCAAACACCCGAAGAAAGUGUUUCUUUUUUUGUUUUUUUUUGUUUUUUGUUUGUUGUUGUUGUUGUUGUUGUUGUUGUUGUUGAAUUGACUUUGCUUUAACUGUCCCAUAAUGUUCCGCCAUAAAGAGGAAGACAGGAACGAGUAUACCGUCGUUACUAUUUCACAGAUUCUUCACUUGUUGACACGUAGUAUGCUGAAGGAUUUGCUUUGUUUCUUUAAAUAAAUGCUCAUUUA